CACAAUCACAAUCACUUCCUUCCCUUACUCACAAAAGACAUGGGAAACCUCUCCCUUUCCCUCUCCCUCUUCCUCCUCCUCAACCUCUCCGCCCUUCUCUCCGCCCUCGCAUGCGACUGCGACAACCCCCCUUCCCACCGUCCUCCCACCCCCAAGCACAAACCGCCGCAUUUCCCCCCUAAACCCCCCAAAUCUCCGCCCUCCUACAAACCCCCCAAAUCCCCCCCUCACUACAAACCCCCCACCGUCAAACCCCCUCCUCCUCCCUAUGUCCCAAAGCCGCCGGUAUCCAAGCCUCCUCCACCCUACGUCCAACCACCAGUACACAAGCCUCCUCCACCCUACGUCCAACCACCAGUACACAAGCCUCCUCCACCCUACGUCCAGCCACCAGUAUCCAAACCACCACCCCCACCAACAUACGUGCCAGUGCCUAGCCCACCACCACCCCCACCAACAUACGUGCCAGUGCCUAGCCCACCACCACCAGUGAAGCCAGCUCCAGUAGUGCCAUCACCAAACACACCGUGCCCACCGCCGCCGCCAAAGCAAGGGACAUGCCCCAUUGACACGCUGAAGCUGGAUGCGUGUGUGGACUUGUUGGGUGGGCUGAUCCAUAUCGGAAUUGGCGACCAAACCAAACAAACUUGCUGCCCGGUUCUUGAAGGGCUCGUGGAUUUGGACGCCGCGGUGUGCCUUUGCACCACCAUUAGAGCUAAGCUUCUGAAUAUCAACCUCAUCAUCCCCAUUGCCCUUCAAGUACUCAUCGACUGUGGCAAACACGCUCCCUCCGAUUUCCAAUGCCCCGCUUACUAGAGUCACGGGCGGACGGAAAAAGAUAAUAAUAAUAUUCGAAAUUGGCAAGUGACAGCAGUAGAAGCA